CUCUGCAGCAAUGAAGCCGCGAUUAUUUUCCACGCUUCGUUGCCUGCGCCAUGAGAAUCCUUUGGGUCUCCCGCGCUCCGGCGCACCGCCGCAGAUCCCACGAAUGCAGCGCGGACUCCCGCAGAAGAGAAACAUUCGCGAUGUGAAGAAAGUGAUCGCAGUUUCCUCGGCCAAAGGUGGUGUGGGUAAAUCCACGAUUUCUGUCAAUUUGGCCCUCUCUUUCGCCCGCGCGGGCUAUCGCACAGGAAUCCUCGACACCGAUAUCUUUGGUCCUUCGAUCCCUACGUUGCUUGACCUCUCCGGCGAACCGCGCCUCUCGUCCUCGAACCAGCUCGUUCCGCUCUCCAAUUAUGGCCUCAAGAGCAUGUCAAUGGGUUACCUGAUUCCGGAGUCGUCCCCAGUCGCGUGGCGGGGUCUGAUGGUGAUGAAAGCGCUGCAACAACUGUUACAUGAGGUAGAUUGGGGUGGCCUGGACGUCCUUGUAUUGGAUAUGCCACCGGGAACGGGUGACGUACAGCUCACCAUUACGCAGCAAAUUGUUCUGUCUGGUGCUGUCAUUGUGUCGACGCCGCAGGAUUUAUCGUUGAAGGAUGCUACAAAGGGAGUGGAGUUGUUCAGGAAAGUGGAUGUGCCGAUUUUAGGACUCGUGUGCAAUAUGAGUGGAUUUCAAUGUCCGGACUGCGGAGGCCGGCAUGAUAUUUUUGGACCAAUGGGCAAGAUCAGGGACAUGUGUGCGAAGUACGAUAUCAAAUUACUCGGAGAUAUCCCGUUGCACUCGAAGAUUUGCGAGGAUGCCGAUCGUGGAAAACCUACUGUAGUCGCGGAACCUGAAAGUGAGCGGGCGAAGGUGUAUACCGACAUCGCGACAACAGUUGGUGGUUUGGUGGGAUUAUAGACGAUAUUGUAUAAAGAUUAUGACAAUUGCCUGAAAACGAACCAGGACUAUUUCUUAUCGGAUAUGCAAUGUUAAUGUACACAUAUUGUAUGCUAUAAAGUAAUGGCCAUGUACGCAAGAAAAGUAAUAC